UGGCGGCAGCGCAGGAAACAUGGCGGAAAGUUUAAACGAUUGCAGUGUGUCGUGUAAGAUGUCCUGGGUGCAGCUGGAAGCCCUGUGUCGGUUCGAGGGGCUCCAGUGCCAAGACCUGGGGGUCAACCGAGCCAACGUAAAUGAGUAUGAAGUGGAGUUCUUGUGUGACUAUAAGAAAAUUAAGGAGGAGGAGUUCUACCUGGUCAAAUGGAGGAGCUUUCCAGAGUCAGAUAACACUUGGGAACCUAAACGCAACCUGAAAUGCUCACGAAUGAUGAAGCAGUUCCAUCGUGACCUGGAUCAGGUGCUUAGGCGCCACGGGAGGCAUUACAUCCCUAAAAAGCUGAAUAAAGAGGUGACUUCAUUCCUGGUCCAGAAAGCCAAAGUCCGCCAGAGUCUCCAGCGCUGGGAGAACCACUUGAACCAGACGCGCAACCACCCAGGUCAAAUUUUUGUUGAGAAUGAGGUAGACCUCGAAGGCCCGCCUAAGAACUUCACCUACAUCAACAACUAUAAAGUAGGUCCAGGCAUCGUUCUCGAUGAGAUGGCUGUGGGUUGCGAUUGCAAGAACUGUUUGGAUGAACCGGUAAACGGCUGCUGUCCUGGGGCCUCUCUGCACCGCAUGGCAUACAAUGAUCGGGGGCAGGUCCGACUCCGGGCAGGUGAACCGAUAUACGAGUGUAACUCUCGAUGCAGCUGUGGCCCUGAUUGUCCCAACAGAGUGGUGCAGAAGGGAAUCCAGUUUGAUCUGUGCAUCUUCAAAACGGAAAACGGCAGGGGAUGGGGAGUCCGUACACUGCAGCGCAUUAAGAAGAACACCUUCGUCAUGGAGUACGUGGGAGAGAUCAUAACAACUGAUGAAGCCGAGAAAAGGGGCCAUGUGUACGACUGCCAAGGCUCCACGUACCUGUUUGACCUGGACUAUGUGGAAGACGUGUACACGGUGGAUGCUGCUUACCACGGAAACAUCUCCCAUUUUGUCAACCACAGCUGUAACCCCAACUUGCAGGUGUUCAACGUCUUCAUCAACAACAUUGACGAGAGGCUUCCUCGAAUUGCUUUGUUUUCAACGCGACCCAUUCGGGCCGGAGAGGAGCUCACCUUUGACUACAAGAUGCAGAUUGAUCCAGUCGACACCGAAAGCACCAAAAUGGAUUCCAGUUUCAGUUUAGCGGGACUGCCCAGCUCUCCAAAGAAGAGGGUUCGGGUGGAGUGUCGGUGUGGGUCCAACUCGUGUCGGAAAUACCUCUUCUGAAAGGAGACUGAACAUGUCCGAGUGUACAUAGUGUCAGUGUUCUGCUUCUAUCUAUCAUCUGACCUCAGACCAGUGGCCCACUUUGGGCUUGUCCUGAGGACUUCAAUCUGCAUAUUUGACUCAGAAGAACAGUUCUCAGUGUGCUGGAAGAGGAAACACUCUGCAGGUGUCAGAGUUUCUGCUCAAAGACCAUCAGAAGUUACAUGAUGCUCCAGGGCCGCGUGUCUUCAUAGAAACUCCAAAGACUGAAGCUUCAAGUCUGCUGAGGCUGAACGCCAUCAAAGACCAAAACCACAGCAGCCUGUCCCGUUAGCCCGUUAGUGUGUGGCACUAACAUUAGCCUGUGACAUGUCCUGUCACCGUGUGGUGCGAAUGUUAGCCUGCGACAGUC